GCGCACGCCCAGCCUUGACCGCAAAGAUGCCCCUCAAGGCCACAGCAAAAACAUUGCGACAAAAAUAAAAAUAAAAACCAACGAAAAGAGAUGCAAAACCACCUCCUUGCACAACAGCGCGCGGUCCGGCGCACUGUGGCGACAAGUCGGUGAGAUCGAGACAACACACCUCCCGACCAUCUUGCUCGCAUGCCCACUGAAAGAACAUGGGCCUGGGGAUGGAACCCGCUGAGGAAGGCUUCCGGGAGACCUCUCCCGCGAGCAUCAGCAAGCACCACCACCACCGGGCGAAUUUGCGCAACCCCAUCCAUCGUCGCCAUCCGCCAUCGUUUUGCGCAGGCACGACAGCAUCCUCAGCCACGGGCACCAGUUCCAACAAGGCCAAGGCCAUUAAUCGCAACAUUUAA